AUGGAAGUCGUUCUUGAGCCUGUCGUCUCCGAACUCGUUAAGGGGUUGCUUAAGAUAUUGGGGUCCAAUGAAGUGCGAGACUUUGCCCGGCAGCUUGUUGGAGGGGUAGAUUCAGAGAUCAAAGAGCUGGAGAACAAGUUAAAGAUAGUUGAAAACCUUCUUCGCAAUGCAGAAAACUGGCAGCUGGUGGAUAAACGAGUCAAAGAAUGGCUUGACAAUCUUCAACACUGGGCUUAUGAUGCAGAGGACUUACUGGAUGAGUUUGCCUACGAAGCUUUGCGACACAAACGCAAGGCAGAACACCAGGCUAGCUCCAGCAGAGGAUUUAGCUGUCUCCCUGCUUCUUUCUCUAGUCCUUCGUUCGCUGUCCAGAUGGGGUCCAAGAUCAAAAAAAUCAAUAGUCGGUUGGAAGAACUUCGCCAACAAAGAUCAGCUGAACAUGAAUUUCAAAAGCCUUCUGAACUGCCAGCAACUAACGUCGCUGCACCGCCAAAACCAGAGGAAACUUCUAGCGUCCCACUCGGACAAGUUUAUGGCAGAAACGAAGAUGAAGUCGAAUUACUGAAAAUGGUGAAAAGUGGUGCCAACUUUCAACCUAGCUUUCAACUAAUAGCAGUUGUCGGCGUGGGAGGGAUCGGCAAAACAACAAUUGCUCGAGAAGUGUACAAUCACAAGGAGUUGGAAGAUAUCAAGUUUGACAAAAAAGCGUGGGUGUGUGUUUCAACCACCUUUGACGUUCUCACAAUCUCAAAGAAACUUCUUCAGCAAUUCUCGUCCUCCGUUCCAGAUAAUUUAAAUGAUGUCCAAGUUCAGCUGAAAGAGGCAGUAAGUGGAAAAAAAUUCUUGAUAGUAUUAGACGAUAUAUGGAAGGUGGAGUAUAUCGAAUGGGAAAAGCUUAAGUCUCCUUUUGCAGCUGGUGCUCUUGGAAGCACGAUGAUCGUGACAACACGCCAUACAGAUGUUGCACAAACAAUAAGAUGCUCUCAUACUUAUCAAUUGAAGCUCUUAUCCGACGAAGCUUGUAAAUCCUUGUUUCAGGAGCAUGCGUUUGGGACUGGUGCAGCUGCUAAUGCUGAUCAAAUUUCCAUUUCAAUUUAUGAUAGAGUUGUUAAAAGGUGCAAAGGCCUACCACUGGCAGCAAAGACCCUCGGUUGUCUUCUACACUCUAAGCCGAGCAAUGCUUGGGAAGAAAUAUUAGAAAGCAAAAUAUGGAGUGCAUUUGAUGAAAGUGAUCACAUUCUCCCAACAUUAAAGCUGAGCUAUCAUUAUCUUCCUUCGAAUCUAAAAAGAUGUUUUGGCUAUUGCGCAAUAUUUCCUCAAGACUACGAAUUUGAGGAGAAGGAACUCGCACUUUUAUGGAUUGCGGAAGGUAUUGUUCAACCAUCAAAUAAGCAAUUGGAUGAGGCAGGUGAGUGGUUUCAUAAAUUAUGUUCAAGGUCGCUUUUCCAACCAUCAAGUAGUGAUAGUUCUAAGUAUGUUAUGCAUGAUUGUGUUCAUGAACUUGCUCAAUGGGUUUUAAAGGAAUCAGUUUUAGAUCUGAGCAAAAUAUUGUUGAGUUGUCAGAAAAUUUUGAAAAGAUUCGUCAUUUUACUUAUAAACCUGAUGACUACACUAAAAAAAAUAAAUUUAAAGCUUUGGAAAAAGCAAAACGUCUAA